GAUCCUGCGGUGGCAGCGGCAUUUUGACGAGCACGUCGGAAUCGAUCAAAACAGCAGUCUAUUCCGCCCGCUCUCACGCCAUUGUGCCAUCGCAUCAUCACUAAACAUCCCCACUGUGUCGUGCGAAUCCCUUCGCCCAUAUCGACCCCAUAUCUCCGAAAUCGGGCUUUGCAGCAACCGCCGGGUCAUCCUCGACACAUCACCACCACUAUGCGGGAGUACUUGCUCUAUUCGCAAAUUCCGGCCGCGCGAGAGGAGCAGGUUCUAAGCAUCCUGGCCGGAAUCUCAAGUAAUCAACCCACGCCCAUCAACGAGCAGAUUUUGCUGUAUGCUCAGCUGAAGGCUCAAGAGGCUGCAGUUUCUAAGAGGCAACCGCAGCCCAAGACCACUGUCACACAGCCUUUGAGCUACCACAGACUUGUACGUGGUUUCAACGUCGAUGGCGAUACUGCAACAAAUGUACAGCCAUGGACUUUUCGAGCAGAGUCAGUCCCUGACACCGGCAUAACAACCUACAUCUCCCGCAACACCACUUCGCAACCUGCAACCCCAGAGCAACUUUCCCUCUUCAAGCAACCCCAAUCCUAUCAUCUCAAGCGUCAAUAUGUCCAGUCCGGGUCCCGCUUCGUUCACCACAACCUCAUCAUUAAAGUCAUCCGCUUCUACUCCAAUCCACCAGAGACUGCAACACCACCCCAAGACCCUCUUGCUGAAACUUCGCCGCCAAGGACCUCUAGCCAGCUGAAACUCAUCGACGCAAGUGGGAGCUUCAUCAUCGAGGUGUCAAUCUGCGUAGAUGAUCCAACCAACAGCACGCUGACAGAGGCAGCCGUGGCGGAAUUGACGAGGUUCAAGUCGACGCUCGAUGGUGCCAUUGAUUUGAUUGCGCCGGAUCGAUUGCUGUUGGAUACGAGAGUUAAGGGCAACCCAAUGGGUAUCGCAUCGGGUGCUUGAAGGACAUAUGACAUCUCCGCUGGUGACCCUCCGGCACCUCUACUGAACAAGUCUCUAUCAAAAGAGCGGAGGGCUUCAAAACAACUUACCGACUCCACGUGGCCUGUGAUGGCAAGAAAACAACAUCCAUUAUGGUACGGCGAUUCGCCUAUCAAUCUCUCGAGGGCGCAGAAGCAAGAGUCUCGAGAGUUACCAUUACAGGCGAGUAUUGGCACUGCGUUGCCAGAUUUGAAAGCAAUAGCUCAAAAGGCCGCCUCGGAAUCCACGAUUCAUGGUCCGAUCAAGCGGAAUGACCUGUUUUGCCAAGAUUCGCAGCCAUGACGGCAGGAGGCGAAAGAGAGCAGGACCGGUUAUCAUAGAAGUCACUUGCAUAUGUAAAGAAAAGACUUAUGCGCCACAAACCAAAUAGAAGCGACUGAUUGAUUGAUCCAU